CCAACCAACUAUCGUUCAACGUUAAUUCAUUUGGUUUAACCGGUCGAAAAGCAUUGGAAAAACAAGUGAAAAACCCUCAACUUUUGUGUGAGAAGGGUCAGGAUGGUGAUGGCUUGGAAAUGGAUCGUGCGAAGGACUCGUGAUUCAAAACCCUUCUUCUUUGCAUUCGCUACCAUAUGCGGCGUCGUUCCGGGUGUUAUUGGCUUCGGCGUCAUGACACUCACCAAUACCCGCAGCGAUCAACUCGAAUCCCAACUCCGCUCAAAGGCUCGCCCCGAAACAACGAUGAUGGGACAAGUGAAUAAAGAGAGACUGGCAGAAUACCUUGGAGAGCUGCAGCGAAAGGAGAAUACUAAUGACCGCUAUGUUGCUGCUCUUAAGGGAGAGACUUUAACAAGAAAGCCUUACGUCAGAAUUCAACCAAUUCCAGAGAAGACUGACAUGGAGCAGAAGAAAUGAAUAAGUUCCUGAUCUCCAAUCAUUGUGAAUAUACGUUCUUUAAGUUCGCUAUGAACGCAAUGCUGCUUUUUUAUUUUUCAUUUUUAAUCUAUUUUCCUGAAUGCAUUUAUUUAAGCAAUCCUGUUCUUGGGGAGCAGGAUCGGUUAGAUAGAAAUUGAGUGCUCAUGGUUCCAUCCAGACAUUUACUUGUUAUACUUCUUGUCAAUGGUUUAACUAAAUUUUUCAUAGAAGAGGUCUAGUAUUCUCUUUGGAAUAUAAACUUUUUAUAGGAUUUAUGCUUUUGUACUGAACUGUUUGUUUUUUUUACGGUCAAGCCUUUUUCCUUGCUUAAUAUGAAUUUAUGAGUGUUACUGUUGUACUUGCAGUGGCCUGAAAUAAAACUGUCGAUUCAUGUUA